AUGUUGUUUCCAUGUCCGUUGCUGCAACUGGGAAGCUUGUCUUGGCCACGGACAUCUCGUGUGGCCAGUCCUGCGAGUCAGGUCAACCCACAUGAAGACCGCAAAGGAUCACCUGCAGAAGCUGAAAAACCGAGCCAGUCAAUGGAUCACCUGCAAAACCGGAGGAUGAGUGGCACCCCACGAAAUAUGGACGGCGAACGAUGGUCGGUUCACCGUCCUUUGGUUCCGCGAAACGGUUCUGAUCCGGCCGGAACCGUUUGGGGACGAAACGAGCCAACGACCGGAUCAACGACCGUCCUGAGGGAGCGACGAACGGAUCUCACCGAAGCGCGAAGUGGCCGGGAGUUGCGUUGA